AUGGCCCCUGAUCAAAAUAGCUCACAUGGAACCCAGCUGCCGGCAGCCGAUCAUUCUCUUAAUUUCCCUGACAAAUAUAAUCUUCCUUCACGCUGUCGGUUGGUUCACCCCCGAGCUAAUACCCGCCAAACGCCGCCAAACGCGGACAUCGAAGUAUCCUCCUCCAACAAGAGCCAUGAGACUAAACAAAGCGACCCGCAGGAAUGGUUUGACCACGCGAACCAGAAUCCGGUGGCUGCUAUCGAUAACAAUACCAUGGACGUUGACCCCCCCUUCUUCCAGAAAGAAUCUGAUUCGUCGAAUUCAGAGACUCCAUGCUCCUAUAAACAAUACAAGCUCGGUCCUCCGGAACCUAGUCCUGCGAAUAGCAGCAGUAUUGAUAGCUACCGCAGUAUCAUCGACGACCUGACAAUCGAGAUUCAACAGCUGAGGGAGGAACUAAAGUCCUACAAGCAAAUCGGUCCGCAUAGGCUUCGUAAAGACAUGCUGUUUGAGACCAAGAUUCAUGGGCUGCACGAACAGAAGAAGAGAGAGCUUGAGGCUGUUCUGAGAGACUUUGCCGCCAAUCUCGAUGUAUCCCCAGAUAUUCUAUCGCUGCGGGCGAAAAAGGCAUCGUUCCACAAACGCGAUCACGUAUACCUCGGAUCCAGAGCCCAGCUAAGUCAUACCUCAUCCUCCCCAGGAUCCAACCGCAGCCGUCCCACCAUGGGUUCAGCCGAAUCACCAACUCAAAAGAUGGAGACCUUUCUCACAGACAUUCCCGAUGGGCUCUACCCGCAAGACGUGAUCAUGACCGACAAGGAGCGGAAAGAUCUCGUUGUUCACCGCCUGGAACAACUCUUCACUGGGAACAUCAGCGGUCGUCUCAAACUAAAAAAGCCGCCUAUGCGGCCGGGUGGCAGCUUUGUUGUUGGAACGGACACACAGACGACGAGGUCAUCAACAGCCUACGAAGCGCUUACUCUUGGAAGCGAGCCUGCCCGGGAGGCAAAUAUCCUCUCCUUGGAGCAAGGAUCUCAGCUCCUGGGCAAUAGGAGUUGUUCAGGGGCCCAUGGGUUGCCUUCUAAUCCAACAGAGGAUCACAUGGACACCGGAGGUUCUGAUACCGACCUGGCUCCCCCAGUGCCGCAUCUACCGGAGCAACGACCCACGCAAGCCCGUGAUUUAGACCCCGAUAGGACUCAGAUUCCAUCUGAGAACAUGAAAUACAUCCGGCAUUUAGGUCUAAUGCCACCCGAGUUGUUGCCCCAACAGCCCAGCAUCCAGGACGCCCAUCCUGACGCCCAGGGCUGGGUGUACUUGAACCUACUGUGCAACAUGGCCCAGAUUCACAUGAUUAGCGUAACACCGAACCUCGUUCGUUCUGCCGUCUCAGAGCUCAGUACCAAAUUUCAGUUGUCUCCUGACGGGAGCAAAAUUCGAUGGCGUGGAUUCGAAGGUACCAAUUUCAGUAGCGACAAGUCCGGUUAUAAUCUACUGAGAAGUCCUUCUAUCGACAACCUCGACGGUUCGGAGAAGAAACACAGGCGCCAUAAGACUGGUCAUUCCAGUGACGAUGAGCUCCAAUGCGGCAGCUCAAGUAAGGAUGUGCCUCAAUUGGCCCCGCAGCUCUGCGUUCCAUUUGAGAGCUUCCAGUACAAGCCACUCUUCCUUCAGCAGGACUCAUCCGGUGGGUACAGUUCACUGGAAGGGACACAUGUUUCUUUGGAACCUGCGGAAGGCGGCAAUCCUUGCAAAUCAAGCUGCGGCCCGAAUAGCUUCGGGAGGCCGACUCACAAAAAGCAACGCCACGGAGGUGUUGCCAUCUUUUACACCGGCGCACCAUUUUAUACCGACCUGUCUGGUGAUCCGAGUGAUGUGUCGGCGACCGCUCACACGCUCCUAAGUGGCCAAACCCAAAAGGAUCCUCAGGAGUCAUCAGAAUUCGCUCGGUCUCCUCAAAUAACAAUGUCUGGAUCCUUCAUCAACUACAACCCUUUGACUGAUAGAGGCCAAGCCCUACAUCAGCAGUGUUCAGACAUGAACGAGGACAAUGAUGGAGCUCGGGGUCUAACAAGCGACGAAGGUGAGCACUUGAGUGAUAUCGGGCUUGAUUUAAUUUGGAACAACGAUCGGCAGCACAUAGAGUAUCAAACCUUGGAACCUUGUGGGCUUGGCGGCGUUCUCCCGGAAGACCACUUUGUGGUGGUUGUUGAUACUAAGCGGCCUAAGCAAGAUAUCCUCCUAUCGACUUCCAAGUGUCAAAGUGGGAGAUCAAUCGACAGCACAGAAGGGACAUUUUCUCAACCAGCGACGAUGCCAGCCUCUUGUCUCGGCCAAAGCUCAAAGAGAAAGUCAAACGAAGAACCUCGGCCCGUCGAGAUUGAGUAUCUAUCAGAGCGCACCGAGAGGCUGGCACCAGCCUCACUGCCGUCUCCUGCCACUUUCUUCCCACCGUUUAGCAACGAUGACUCUACGUCCGACCAAGAUGACGACGAGCCUUCAGAGAUGGACCAUAUCAGAUCGUGA